AUGGCUGAAACGCCCUCGAGUCAUGGUGCUUCUAAGAAGCACAUCAUCUUAAACGCAUUCGACAUGUCGACUGUCGGGCACUUGUCGCCCGGUCAGUGGAAGGUGAGCAAACCCUGGAAAUGUAUCACGGUGGCCUUCAACCUGAUCGGAUCAAAGGAUCCCGAGGAUCAAUCGGCAACUAAGCGGACACUCGAGUAUUGGGUAAACCUGGCAAAGGUGCUCGAGCGAGGCGAUAUCAACGCGCUCUUCCUGGCGGACACAUAUGGCGGUUACGAUACCUACGAGGACUCCCUUGACAAUUGCAUUCGUCGGGCGGCACAAUGGCCCAUGACGGAUCCCUCUAUUCCCAUUUCCGCCAUGGCUGCCGUAACAAAGAACCUCGCAUUCGCCAUCACUGCAUCGACCUCCUUUGAGCCCCCGUUCCUGCUAGCAAAGCGCUUUUCAACGUUGGAUCAUCUUACAGGCGGGCGUUUCGGGUGGAACAUCGUGACUGGCUGGAAGAAAGGAGCAUUUAAAGCCAUUGGGCUGGACGAGCCUCCUGAUCACGAUCGACGGUACUUGCAGGCUGACGAGUAUCUGCGCGUCUUAUACAAACUGUGGGAGGGCUCUUGGGCCGACGAUGCCAUUGUAAAAGAUGCAGCGAACGAUGUGUACGCUGACCCCGACAGAAUUCGCACGAUAAAGCAUGAGGGUGAAUUCUACCAUCUGGAAAGUCGACACAUUGUCGACCCCAGUCCGCAGCGAACCCCAUUUCUAUUCCAGGCGGGCACGUCGCCUGCUGGUUCACAAUUCGGUGCGACCCAUGCGGAGGCUAUCUUCGUAUCAGCACAUAGCCCCUCAGUGCUCAAGCCUCGUAUCGCCAAAAUACGCGAGCUAGCUAAAGAAGCAGGGCGGGAUCCGCAGUCCAUCAAGAUAUUUGCGACCAUCACGCCUAUCAUCGGGCGCACCGAGGAAGAGGCCAAGACGAAGCUCGAGCAGGCUAAAAAGUAUGCCUCUGUCAUUGGGGGCCUAGUUCUGUUUUCGGGAUGGACCGGUAUUGAUAUCUCCAGAAUCCCGCUAGAUGAAGAGAUUGAUCCAGUAAAACACUCUCUUGAGAAGCACAAGGUGCAUUCGAUUUCCGAGACAUUGACUGCGAGAACCCCGGAGCUGCCAUCCAUUACGCCACGGGUCAUUGCAGAGACUGCUGCCAUCGGCGGUCUAGGGCCUGUUGUGGUGGGCACUCCAGCCCAGGUCGCUGACGGAUUUGAGAAAUGGGUUAAUGAGGCAGGUAUUGAUGGUUUCAAUGUCGCAUAUGUCAAGACCCCGGGCACUUUUGAGGACGUAGUAGAUUUGCUGAUACCUGAAUUGCGCCGGCGGGGGUUGUAUCCGGAAAAGAAGACCGAUGCCACGCAACUAACAGCCAGAGAGAAAAUAUAUGGACAAGGACAGAGCAAGCUGCGUGAUGAUCAUGUUGGGUCGAAGUACAAGUAUAAUGUGUACCAAGAAGAGUCUCCUUACCGAGCAUCGUCUUGA